CUCUUACACCCCACACCCACGUCUUUGUACCUGCAGCUACGCUCGGCGGACGCCAAUACCAUCACACAAAAGACGAAGCAAGGCAUCCGCUUCACACCACCAGGCCCGAACCGGCAGUCUAUACAUCCCAGACCCGCGUAUACGUCGCGGCAACCACCUUCCAUUCUCACAAUGCCUCACGCGACGAGUCUUCCCGCGCCAGGCUUCCAGGCUCUCAUCCUGUGCGGGCCUGGAGCCUCCUUCAGCACUUUCACAUCUACGCCAAAGGAGAUACCAAAGGCCUUGUUGCCCAUUGCGAACAGGCCCAUGGUCUGGUACCCCCUAGAAUGGUGCUACCGCAUGGGAGUCACAGACAUCACGGUCGUGACACCGCCAGAGUCAUUAGAAGCCAUCGAGGCUGCCAUGUCGCAGAACCCACACCUCACAACCCUCCCUUCACCAAAGCCAGACAUCCUUGCGCCAAAAGAUCUUUCACACCAGACCAGUACUGGCGACCUCUUCAGGCUACCAGAACUACAGAGCGCGAUCAAAGGCGACUUCAUCGUACUGCCGUGCGAUCUCGUAUGCGAGUUGGACGGCACAGCGCUUGCAGACGCAUGGAUGGUCGAGCAGGGUGGCUUUGCUGGAGCCAGUGGUGGACUAGAUCACAACGGCGGCAAGAUCGCAUUCGGUGCUGGUGGUGAGAAGCUUGGACGAAGAGGCGGCAUGGGUGUAUGGUAUCAGACCAAGGGAGAGGGAAGCAGGAAGAAGGAAGAAACAGACUUCAUUGCAACAACACCACUACCCACACCCAUCGUCCCAGUUCCAACAGACUCGCUACGCCGCAAUAUCUCGAAGCUCGUGUACUCAGUACCCACCGAUACACUGAACGACAUAACCGAAGAGAACAAAACAUUUCCUCUGCGGCAUUCGCUCAUUCGCAAGCACGCGCGGAUAAGGAUGCUUACGACACACCGCGAUGCACAUAUAUACAUCUUCCCAUACUGGGUCAUGGAGAUGAUCAAGAAGAACGAGAAAUUCGAGAGCAUCAGCGAAGAAGUAUUGGGAUGGUGGGCAAAAGCAGGCUGGCAAGAAGGGCUCGGAGAUAAAUUAGGUCUGCGGCAAAUACUGCAGGGCGAGGACGAAGAGUCGGAUCACGGCUCGCAAGUCGUCGAAGAAGAGAUCGAUGUUUCCAGGUUCAGCACCACAUACUCGGACAGCAACACAGAGACAGAAACAUCGGCACUCACCACACUCGCAUCACGAGUCACAAAAUCCUCCAGCAUACCCAACUCGGCCAAAUCACUCACCUCGAAUUCUAAACUCACAGUACCACCAAUCCUAGCCUAUGUUCAACCCUCAGGCCCGAACGAACCGCUUAUCCGCCGCGUAGACGACUCGCAUCUGCUCCUAACUGUCUCCCUCCGCCUCGCCAAGCUCCCCUCAAUCGAAGAAGUCUCCAAGGAACUCGCAUCGCCAUUCGCGCAUCAGUCUAAGAUUGUCCACAAAGAAUCCAUACCCCGGAAAUGCCGCGUAGAAGCCGAGAACUCGUUACUUGCAGACAACGUUAUUGUAGAAGAGAAGACCAACAUCAAGGAAAGCGUUAUUGGACCGAACUGCAAGAUCAGUGAAGGCGCGAGACUGUUACGCUGUCUAUUGAUGGAUGGUGUGGAGGUUGGGCCUAAUGUACAGCUUACGGAUUGUAUCUUGGGAAGGAGGUGUAGGAUGGAAGGUGGAGAUGCAAAGGAUGGCGACAAGACUGUUCUCAAGGACUGUGAAGUUCAGGAUGGGCAGGUUGUGGAGUGGGGUACUGAAGCGAAGAACGAGAAGUUUAUGCGCUUUGACGUGGGUGACGAUGUAGGCAGUGAGGGGUUCGGCGGAGACGAAAUGGAUGUCAUGGAUGGUGAAGAUGGCGAGGGUAUCCCGCUGCGGUAAAAUCGCUGCCGAAACAAACAUGAGUAGCGUACAUGACGAUUACGAGCACACGAUCUCAAGACGAGCUUAUCUGAAUAGAAUAGAUGUGACUUUGGCUGAACGCAAGACAUGC